GCCAACAGCUGUUGUGCAAUUUCUUUUCUAUCUUUUUCUAAUAAUAAAUACAUUGUAAUCAUUUAUAUUUAUGCUAAAUAUUUCACAACAUAUCACUAAAGAUAAAAUACCAUUUUAAAACUCUCCCGAAACAGUUAACGCUGGUUAAGACAAGCUGAGUACAAGUUAGAAAUCGCGAUUAGUUUUAUACAGUUGGUGGCCAAAUAUUUGGGAUUUAUAAUUUUAUUUCGAAACUAUUUUAUCAAGACAAAUCUGCCAGUGUCAGUUGUUACUUCAUUUUUUUCUAAAUAUAUAAAGCUGUUAUCCCACGAAACCAGAAACUUAAAAGAACAUUUCUUCUCAACAAUGGAAGGAACAAUAACAGAAAACCCACUCACUACAUCCAAUGCUUGGGCGAAAACGUCAACACCAGUUAGCUCCCCCUGGGGUAAGAAGGUUGAAGUGAUGCCCUGUUCCCUGGAAGACGUGAUGAGUGAACAGCUGGCAUCAGAACUGGCCAUUCAGGAGACUCGGCGAGUGGAUAUCACACCAGUAGACAGCUGCUGUUCUGGAGCGGAGUCUGCUGAUGACUUAAGUUAUCUGCUGACAGACCAAUCGAAACUUGAUGGGUGUAAUGAUGAACUGAUCGCCCGCAUGCUGCAGCUUGAGUUUGAUCGGGAGCACAACGCCUUGCUUACCAAGGAACAGCAGAAGUUAAAUGGCUCAAACAAAGUGUGCAUAUCGUUUGAGAAUUACAAGACACUUCAUCCUUCGUAUGAGGAGGAAGACGAUGAGGAGAAAUUGAAAGAACUUCAAAAUAGAGAACCCGAAGAAACUAAAUGGCAUGAGAAGACACCACAGAUAGGUCGGUCUGGAUUUGUGUGUGAGGGGAGCAAAAUCACGACGAAACAUGACAAGGUUAUCUGUGGCAGACGUAAUGCUGAACGACUGAUGGAGUUUCCACCUGAGUUUGACAGCGGCGAUGGUGAGGGGAUGGACAUGCAAUUACCCAACCAUGUGUACAACUCUCUGAAGGUUCACUCGAUUCGCGAAAACAACCGAGCACAGAGACUGCAUGAGAAGAAGGAGCACUCCACCGCUGAACACGCUGUCGAUUCCAAGACGAGACUGAUGAUGUACAAACUCGUCAACUCCGGCAUCCUCGAAUCGGUGACGGGCGCUAUCAGCGGAGGCAAGGAGGCCCAGGUGUUUCACGCAUUCGGCGGAGAAGUGGAAGAUAAAUGUUUGCCAAAAGAGUGUGCACUCAAAGUGUACAAGACUACUCUGAAUGAGUUCAAGAAUCGCGAGAAGUAUAUCCAUGGAGACCGGCGUUUCUUCAAGGACGACUUCAAGAAAGCCAACCCAAGAAAGAUCAUGAAAUUGUGGGCAGAGAAAGAAGCCUACAAUUUGAACAGAAUGAAGAAGUUCUCUGUGCCCUGUCCAAGUGUGGUGGCCUUGAAGAAACAUGUACUGGUGAUGUCCUUCAUCGGGAAAGACGGGCAUCCAGCGCCAAAACUCAAAGAUGCUAAAUUGUCACCAGAAAAUCUUGAAGAUGCCUUUGACCAAACGGUUAAAAUAAUGAAGAAGCUGCAGACGGAGUGCAGUCUGGUCCACGCAGACCUCAGUGAGUUCAACAUGCUGUGGCACAACAACACCGUGCACGUGAUCGACGUCAGCCAGUCAGUCGACCUGAUGCAUCCCAAGGCCAUGGAGUUCCUCUACAGAGACUGCUACAAUGUUAACAAGUUUUUCGACAAGAGAGGAGUGCACAAUGUUCCUAGUCCAGAGAAGUUGUUUAACGACGUCACUGGUCUCGACAUACAAGGAACAGGUGCAGAUUUUGUUGCACAGGUUCAGCGAUGCGACAAGGAAAGAAAGGAGGCCCUGACUAGUCACAGCAACCAGUACAAGGAAUACGCAUUUGAUUACUUCUUUGACAUCUCACAGUCGGAAAGAUCGGCGGCUCUCGACAAACUAGUUCUCUCAGACAGCGAUGAGGAAGUCGUAGACACCAGGUGAAGCAGGUUCCGUCUGUAACACCAAUUCUCAUUGGAAGUUGCAGUGUACCUGCUAUGUAACGUUUAUUGUGAUUGGUCAAGCCGUCUGCUCAGGUUGAAGAUGUGUGAGAGGGUGAUGACAUCAGUAAAACAUUUUAGGCCAAAUUUACAAAGCCUGUUUUUGUCUUACAUGAGGUUUCUACACUGUUUGUAUUGCUUAAACAUUCGCAUUUAAGAAAAACAGGUAAAUGUGGCACUUUAUUUUUAGUCAGAAGUAUUGUUUUUUAAGUCAGAAUAUUGUACCAGUUAGUUCCAAACUAUACCAGUCGAUUGCAAAAUAUAUAAGUAAACUGCAUUUUGUGAUGUGUGUACAGUGGAACAGGUGGCCAAUGUUAAUAGGUGCCUGCACCACCUGUUAGGACAGCUACUACAACCAGAUGGAGUUGUAUAGCCAAAACACUCAGGAAAUAGAUGAAGAUAUGAUGAUUUUGAAAAUGAUAAAUGUCAUUAGAGCAGUGAGAAUGCAUUCUGUUAGCAGUAUUGGUUUCAAACUAUAGUCUGUCCCAUCAUUCUAUAAAAAUGUUUUUUGUAAAUAAUUUCAAUUUGGUUUGACGUAAGAAGAAAUUGAAUCAAAGUGUUUUGGAAAUAACAAAAAAACCUAACUAUUUUUGUGUGCAAUUUAGAAAUCAGUUGGCUCAGAAAUAAAUAACUUGUAGUAAAUUCCAUACUAUGAAAAAAGAUGUUCCUUGUGGGAUGGACCAUAGGUGAUUUUCAGAUGGAUCUGGGUAGUGAGACCUAAAGUAAAUUUUAUUCAGCUUUUUAUCUGCGAAUUCCUGUAAAAGGCAUUUUGAAUGCUAACAGAGUGAGAUGUGCAUCCUUCUUUGUUGUAGCCAUGUACAGUAACGUACUUGACUGGAUUUGGUGAAAUCAAUGAUAAAAAUAUUUGUGAACGGAAUGUUUGCACAUUGUUGUUUAUUCAACAUUAAACCAAGAAGGGUAUGUUGGAUAAUACUUACAUGGAAGUGAAUGCAUGCCAUUGUCAAAUGGAUCUUACAGAAAAGUAUACUGUUAAUACAUGUAUAUGGCAUAACAUAAAUGCAUUAUAUGUUGGUGAAUUUCAAUGGAUCUUACAGAAAAGUAUACUGUUAAUACAUGUAUAUGGCAUAACAUAAAUGCAUUAUAUGUAGGUGAAUUUCAAUGGAUCUUAUAGAAAAGUAUACUGUUAAUACAUGUAUAUGGCAUAACAUAAAUGCAUUAUAUGUUGGUGAAUUUCAAUAGAUUAUAAAUUUGAUAAACCUACUUCUGUAAAAGAAACUGGUAGGGUUCAUACUAAUCAUUGGAAUGCAGUGUUCUUUUGAAUACAUGUACACUUACAUUUUGCUUUUAUGUAUAGAUUGAAUGUCCAUAUUCAUUCAGAUAAAUACUUUUAUUUUGCCCCCCCCCCCCCAGCUCCAAAAAAAAGAACUUUGUGAAAGUCUUAGCAAGUUUAUAUAAUAUUUUUUCUUAGAAAGCCACCCAAAUACGAGGUUUGUAAAAAAAGCUUUCUAUGUCUUUCGUUCUUAGAUUUCUUAGAUAUAUACACAGUAUUUGAACUGAUCAUGUCAACAGGCUCAUGAAUUUGUGGCCUCUUUAUAAAUUGUUAUGUAUGAAAAGCACAUUGCAGGGAACGUUUUGUUCAGUAUCGCAUCUCGAUUCGCUACACAAGUUUCAGAGAUCAGAGAUCACUGAACAGUUUUAAAACAUUUAAACAGUAAUUUCCUAUUGAUUAUAAAUCUAACUAAAUGAAAUUUUAAUACAAAAUGUUCCCUGUGUGGUCAUGUUUAUUGCAAAGAAAUACUUUUGAUACCCAGAAAGUAUGAGAGCUACAUGUGUGUUAGUAUUUGUUAGUGCAUUGGACAGAGUAUGUUGUUGCUAUGUUCCUUUACUGUUUGUUAUUUUGUAGUUUGUUGUAGUUACAAUCAAGAACUAAAAUUCAGAAAAAUUAAAAUAAUGUACAUCAGUUUACACUGGACUCACUGGAUUCAAGGUGAAACCGACUGCUUAGGGUCCAUUUAGAUAGUACGUAAGGCUCGAGGGGGUGGGUGGGUGUAGGUCCAAAUGUUAUGUGGGGUUACAAGAGGUGGGUGGGUGUAUUUAACAGCCUUAUGUAACACUUUUUUAUUAUUACUAAUUUAUUGGGGUUUUGAGGUGGGUUUUCAUAAACACUGUCACGGCAACAGUGUUUAGCGUAGGCCUACAUGUAGUUAUAGCUAGACAUAUACACACAAUAAGGAUUAUAAAUGGAGUUGAAAUCCAUAUUUAUGCUUUGCCAAAUUUCAAAACAGUAUGUUAACAUUAUAUUACACCCAUCGCAUGACUCAUUUGUGAAUGGGAAAGGGGUGUGUGUGUCUAAUUUUAACAAAAAUAGUGUUACGUAAUAUCUGACCAGCCCCUUACACAUUGUUGGAUUAAACCGAUUUUUCCCAGCUGUUGUCAGUAAAUGGGAGUCCUAUGGUGUGCUGGAUUAUGCAGGCACCCAUUUCGACAAAGUCCACUGUAUUCAGAUUGCUCUAAUAGUGCUGACACAAAAUAUAUUUACAAGUGUGUUGUCCAUCUUUCUACUAUAUUGUGCAUUUAAAACCCAAUUCUUCAGAAGUCUAGGUUAAUGUGUCCAUUAUCAUAAUUAUAACCUUUGAUUAAUGUUGACCAAAUGCAUUUUAUGUCUUAUUUUACAUUAUCUUUUUUACAUUAGUUUUUUAAUCAUUUACAGUUAUUUCAUAAACCUUUAGGAAAAAUUGAUAAACCUAGAUAAAUCUACGUUUUGUUAUUUUUAAAUGGAAAUAUUUGAUGAAAUACUGAGAAAGCUGCAUGCUAUAAUGUACACUUGUGAAAAAACGGUCCUGUUAGGAACAAGCUUUUCUACUAUACUUUUUGCUUUUCAAAUGAGUCCGAUAAUGUUAUAUCACUGAAUUGUAUCUUUUUAUUUAUUGAAAAAAAGAUGAUAUAAUUAUUUUCACAAUAAAUAUUUAUAUUCA